CACCGCGCAGCCAAGUUGAGGAGCAUUGUCUUGGUAAACAGGAAGUUUGUGGGAUUUAGAAGUACAAUUUUUCUUUUUUAGACCUCAUCGGUUUUGUACGUCUUAGUUAUCGUCAUAGUAACAAACUGGCACCGGGUGUAUCUUUCCUCUUUCUCCGCCUUUUUAUCACUUAGCACAGCGCUAACUAGCCGGCUAAUGCUAACACCAGCUAACUAACUCUGGAUAUAAACGUUGUUUUGAUCAGAAACAACCUUUAAAACAUAAGAAACACCUGGCGUUCUAGGUGACGGUGGCUCCCGCCUCGAUGGCAGAUAAGAUCAUAGUUCUUGAUGACGAUGAAGAGGAGAGUCCUCAACCCUCUUGCACUGCCUCCACCUCAUCUCCUCAGUGUCAAGUGAAAAAUGUCUCGCCGCUCAAAGCUCAGCAGCCUGUCCCGACACACAUCACCCAGUCACCUUUUGCCACAGCGAAGAAGGAAGCACACGUUCUGAAGGCAGAGAAUCAGAGUUUGUUCACAGAGUUUGUGGAGCACUGCUCAGCUCUCACCAAGGACUGCCCCGAGGUUCUGACCUUCCUCCAAACCAAGCAUGACAAGGCCUCACCUGACUAUCUGUCGUCUGUGGAGUACAGGAACACGUUGGGGCGAUGUUUGACUCGUGCUCAGAACAACCAGUCCAAAACUUUUGUCUACAUCAAUGAACUGUGCACCGUGUUCAGGCAGCAUGCAGAAAAGAAGAGGCAGACCCUCACCAAGGCUGAGCCCGGGCCUUCUACCUCAACAUCAAACUGUUUAGCCUCUACCUCUGUUACGUUCAAAAGCAAAGAUAAGACUAAAGCUAAGACGGAUGAGGACGAAGACGAGGGGAAAGCAGACGACGAGCAACCUUCCACCUCAGGGCAGCAGGAAGACGAGGAGCAACAGGUAGCAGAGAAGAAGGCGAAGAGGGCCUCCAGGAAACAGAUAGCGUACCUGGAGAACCUUCUGAAGGUGUACAAUGACGAGAUCCGCCGCCUGCAGCAGUCCGACCUGAGUUUAGACGAACUGGGAACUGAGGACUCGUCAUACAUCCAGGAGCAUAAGCUUAAACGCAAGAUGAUGAAGAUUUAUGAGAAGCUGUGUGAACUAAAGGGAUGCAACAGAUUAACGGGCAGAGUCAUCGAACAGAAGAUCAGUUACAGUGGCACUCGAUAUCCUGAGAUCAACAGGAAGAUCGAGCGUUUCAUCAACAGUCCCGAGGCCCACAGGAACCCUCCAGAUUACCACGACAUCCUCCAGCAGGUGCUGCGCGCCAACGAGCGUCACAACCUUUGCCUGAGCAGAAAACAGCUGAACCAGAUCGCCCAGGAGGCCUUCAGAGAGACCGGGAGCCGCAUGCAAGAGAGGCGUCACCUGGACCUGGUCUACAACUUUGGUUCACAUCUCACUGACAUCUACAAACCUGCCAAAGACCCGGCACUGAUGGACUCCUCGCUGUCGCGGAAGCUGCGGACGAACAGAGAAAUGGCUCUGUCCCGACUGGAGGAAGUCAUCACCAAGUACGCUGUGAAACAGGACGACACAGAGGAGCAGGAGAGGACUAAACGACUAGAGAAGAACAGCAGGGAGAAACAGGCCAACAAAUCGGAAAAGCAAGAAGAUACUAAAGAGGUGAACGGAGUGGCAGAGGAGGAGAACGAGGAUGAAGAAGAAGAAGAGGAGGAUGAUGAUGAAGAUGAGGAAUCAUCGGAUCCAGAUAUAGAAGACGAGAUCCAAGCCAGCACUCGGCAGGAAGGACAAGACGAUGAGGAGAAUGAAGAAGACGACAGUAACGCGUCGGAGCAAGCGGGUGACGACACCAACCAGGACGGGCAGACGGGCGAGGUGUCGGAAGGCGGAUCUGCAGAGGAAGAAGGAAGCGUGAAAGAUGAGGAUAAAGAGCCGGUCACAAGUGGACUCAGUCCUCUUUCGGAUGAAAGCAAUUCCCACAUCUCCCCACUGGCUGGCACCCCCUCCCCUAGAGACAGCCCCAGCCAAUCAGAGCCCAUGCAGACUGAUAACCAGACGCUGGUGUCUAACGGGGUCGUUGCAGGUGAAGAGGAGCUGGUGGAUUCCUCCAGUCAGGUGUCGGACACGCUGGUCAGCACAAGCAAAGUCACCAAGAAUUCCGCAGACGGCUCCCCAGUUGCAGCCAACGGGGUUUCUGUGCCCCCGAACGUAGAAACAUGCGACACACAGACUACCAACGGCACGUCGCCUCCGCCAAGCUCCAGAGCGACGAGGAGCCUGAAGAGAAAGAGAGAAGAAAGUACUCAAGAGAAACCCCGCAAAACGAAACACAUUAUCAUCCAUGACAGUGAGGCCGAUAUUCCUCUGGAUAUGGGUGUUUAUAGCUGCAAUUCCCCGCAGCAGGCAGAGUCCACCCGAGCCGACACUCCCACACAGGAACUGGUCAGCAGCUCACAGUCGAUGCUGACUCCCAAGAAAAAUAAGGUCAGCGUUGCCACCCAGUGUGACCCGGAUGAGAUCAUCGUCCUGUCAGACUCAGAGUGACCUUUCACCUCUCACUACACUCCAGGAUUCUUCUUCCACAUCUCUCAUCCUUGUCUAAAUAUGAAAUUGUGGAAUAGCUGAUUAUUAAAAGUGUGAAGACUAUAAGAUUUUUACCAAACAUUGGAGUACUGCAGCGUCUCGUCGCUGACGGAGACGUGAAAUCAAACAAAAGCCACGACUCAUGUUUUUGUAAAAAAUGACUUCAGUAGAAUAAGUUGAAACAGGAGAUUUAGGAGCAGUGUGUUUCUGCUGUGCUCACCAGAGAGUCGAGUCUACGCUUUCUCUAAGUGGAGAAACAUCAACUGACGAAGAAGAAACCUCAUCUGAAACCUUUUGGGUCGUCACGAGCAACCAAACAUCUGUUACCGUGUUUCCCGCCUUUCAGUGCGACACUGACGCUGCCGUCGACCGGCUGGUAGAGGAACUGAAAUGUUUCUUACCGCUCUGAAAACAGAGUAAAAACAUCUCCUCUCUUGGCAUAAUAGACUUUUUUCCCCUCAGAGUGGUUUAGCUGAGACACCAGUGCCUGAAAACAUGAACUGUGGAGUCGGACGUUUGUCCCGAACGGGGCCCGAAAGACGAUUUAGUUUUCAGACACUUUGAACUGUUUGGAGCUGCGUUAACUCGCCACCAGUUUACAUUUUUAUAUUCACAUUUUUUCCCACAGAGAGGUGGCAGUCUGUAUAAAAACAAAUUUUGCAUUGAAGGCAUUAUUUUACAUGCUGUUUCUAUCUAUGACGUGUGUUGAGUGAGUGAGCCGUGUGGUGGUUUUCAGAUGUGUGGACUGCUGCAGUAAUAAUGGUGAACAGUGACCUUUUUUUUCCUUUUCUUUUACAUUUAUUUUUAUUUGUAGGUUUAAAAUAAAUUUAAGUGACUCUUUUCAUUCAGAUCUGUGGCUGCUGCCGGCCGGCCGAUUAGUUUCCACAUAGGAAUCAGUUUGAAUAGAUGAGUUGACGUUGAUGAUACACAUACGUUUAAAGGAUAAUGUUACUUUUAUCACCGUCAACGAGCCCGAUGAAAAGACUAAAACUAACCAUGAAAUGAUCCUACGUUUGUUAUCUCUGCAGCCAAAAUAUUAUAUGGAAGAUUUUUAAUGCCUAAAUUUCAUAUUAAUCAAAGACAUAAAUGAAGUGAUAUACUGUACACAUUCAUUUAAAAAACAUUGUAUUACAUGACUAGGCAUUAAAAAAUCCUAUCUAUUAUUGUUAUCCAGAAAUAUUUAAAAACUCAUCAGUGAGUCGGGCUGUUACACUGGACUGUCUUUACCAAUAACACUUUUA